AUGCACUUCAUAACAGCAAAAUUGUUUUUCAAAUCCAACAAAUUCGUCCUUCAACAACGCCUCCACGAGCUUUCUUCUCAGAAUCAGAUGAACCCUAUUCACAAGAAAAUCCCUGUUCUCAUUCAUAAUGGCAAACCCAUUUGUGAAUCUCUCAUUGCUGUUCAAUUCUGGGUUGAUUUUAUUGACAAGAAGGUCUAUGAAAAUGGAAGGAACCUUGUUUGGACCAAAAAUGGAGAAGAGAAAGAAGCUGCAAAGAAGGAAUUCAUAGAAGCCCUCAAACUGUUGGAGCAAGAGUUGGGAGACAAGACUUAUUUUGGAGGAGAGAAGCUUGGUUAUGUGGAUGUAGCACUUAUUCCAUUCUACACUUGGUUUAAAGGCUAUGAGACUUUUGGUAACAUCAAUAUAGAGAAGGAGUGUCCCAAGUUUACUGGUUGGGCUAAGAGAUGUAUUGAAAUAGAGAGUGUUUCUAAGUCUAUUCCUGAUCAGGAUAAGGUCUACCAGUUCAUUGUGGAGGUCAGGAAGAAGAGGGGCAUCGAGUAG